CAAGAUGGUGGCACCCUGUGCAGAGGAGUGAGUGUCACUGAUAGAGACAGACUUUUAAAAUAUUUUUUAUUGAAAUGCAAGUCAGAGAGACACAUUGCAAUAUGCAAUUCAGAAUGUGUGCUGUGUCUUGAUCUUAGAACAGCACUGCGGUUUAAUAAGCGCCGUCAAAACUGAACAUGAUUUAAAAAAAAGAGCAAAAACGAGAAUUAUUGAAAAAGCGAAAAAAAAACCCCAAGGCCUGGGUGAUGGCCUGCAUGUGUAGGUAUGGCAGCUCAGUGGCUCUCCGACUGCGUUAUGGGGGAGCGGCAAGAGGAGGCUCGCUGGGGCGGAGCUACAGCAGCAAAGAGGCUGGCCCCGCCCAUCCGGAUUCGAACCCCAGCCGACUACUGAGAGACAAGAGCGAGAAGGAGAGGAGGCAGAGAGAGAGGCUGGCGGCCAUCCGUGCAGAGAAUACACGAGGAACCGCUUGUGAGGAGAGGCAACUGAAAUGGACAGAAAAAGAGAAGGUCGUUUACAGCAUCCCAACCAAGCCUGGAGAGAAAAAAGACACAUCGGUGCCAUUGCCUGCUGGCUACAGCCCACAGUAUGUUGAAGCCAGCUGGUAUGCUUGGUGGGAGAAACAAGGCUUCUUUCAGCCAGAAUAUCAUAGCCGCAUACCUCAUGCCGUGGAACGCACUUAUUCCCUGUGUAUCCCUCCGCCCAAUGUGACCGGAUCGCUCCACUUAGGCCACGCCCUCACAGUCGCCAUAGAGGAUUCCCUGGCACGCUGGCGGCGUAUGCAAGGCUGCAAGGUGGUGUGGGUGCCAGGAUGCGACCAUGCAGGUAUUGCAACACAGGCAGUGGUAGAGAAAAGGCUCUAUCGAGAGAAGGGGCUUCGAAGACAGGAUCUGAGCAGGGAGGAAUUUCAGCACGAGGUCUGGAGAUGGAAGGAAGAGAAAGGAGAUGAGAUCUACCACCAGUUAAGGAAGCUGGGAGCUUCGCUAGACUGGGAUCGAGCCUGCUUUACUAUGGACAAGAAAUUCUCGUCGGCCGUGACGGAAGCCUUUGUGCGUCUCCAGGAGGCGGGGCUUAUCUACCGUAGCCACCGAUUGGUCAACUGGUCCUGCGCCCUCAAUUCAGCCAUUUCUGAUAUCGAGGUGGACAGUGUCCAGCUGUCUGGACGGACGCUGCUGUCUGUCCCAGGCUACCAGGAGAAAAUCGCCUUUGGAACAAUGGUCACCUUCGCAUAUCCAUUGGAAGGGGAAGAAGGGGAGAUCAGUGUGGCUACCACGCGCCUAGAGACAAUGCUAGGAGACGUUGCUAUAAUUGUUCAUCCAGAGGAUCCCAGAUACACUAAUCUCCAUGGCCGUCACGCCCGCCACCCCUUUACUGGGAGACUGCUUCCCAUUCUCACUGACCCACUGGUGGACCCCAAACUGGGCACAGGCGCUGUGAAGUGCACCCCCGCCCACGACCCCCGGGACUUCGAGGUGUCGCUGCGCCACGCCCUCCCGUGCCUCUCUGUGAUUGGAGGAGAGGGCACCAUGACAGAGCUCUGCGGAGACUGGCUGCAGGGGGUGAAGCGAUUUGAGGCGAGACAGAGAGUCCUGGAUGCCUUGAAGGAGAGAGGACUGUACAGGAGCACCCAGGAACACUCCAUGCUGCUGCCUCUGUGCAGUCGCUCAGGGGAUGUUGUGGAGCCCUUGCUGAAGAGCCAGUGGUUUCUGCGCUGUGAUCAGAUGGCACGCAGGGCGAUGGAGGCAGUGGAUGACGGCCAGCUGGACAUCAUUCCCAGCUUUCACAAGAAGACCUGGAAAAAUUGGCUGUCGAAUAUCAGUGAUUGGUGCAUCUCACGACAGCUGUGGUGGGGCCACCAGAUUCCAGCCUAUCGUGUUUCCUUCCCUGGGUCAUGUGAUAAACAAGAGGAUGACAGUGAUGCACUCUGGGUAUGCGGCCGGAACCAGGAAGAGGUCAAAAGAUCUGCUGCUAAAAAGUAUGGGAUUCCUGAAAGUCUAAUCACAGUGACACAAGACACUGAUGUGUUAGACACCUGGUUCUCCUCUGGGCUCUUUCCAUUCGCCAUGCUGGGCUGGCCGGAGCAGACCCCAGAUCUGCAUGAGUUCUACCCAAACAGCCUCCUGGAGACAGGAAGUGACCUCAUCUUCUUUUGGGUAGCGCGUAUGGUGAUGCUAGGGCAGGAAUUGACCGGUCAACUGCCUUUUAGCCAGGUAUUUCUGCAUUCAAUGGUACGAGACGCUCACGGCAGGAAAAUGAGCAAAUCGCUGGGAAAUGUCGUUGACCCUUUAGACAUCAUCUCGGGCGUGUCUCUGCAGCGGCUGCAUGAGAAAGUACAAGAAGGGAACCUGGAUCCCAGAGAGAUUUCAAUUGCACUGGAGGGACAGAAGCGUGAUUUCCCCAGAGGGAUUCCGGAGUGUGGGACAGAUGCCUUGAGGUUUGCACUGUGUUCACACCGUUGUCAAGGAGACGACAUCAGUCUGGACGUCGGCCAGGUUGUGAGCGCUCGGCACUUCUGCAAUAAGAUCUGGAACGCUGUCAAGUUCACACUGGGAGCACUGGGAGACCAGUUCGAACCACUGCCCCUCCAGGAGGUGAGUCCCGGCAGUGCUGUGGAUCGCUGGGUGUUGAGCAGACUGUAUCACGCUGCUGUAGAGUGUGAGCGUGGGUUUGAGCGCUACGACUUUCACGCAGUCACUGUAGCCAUUCACAGCUUCUGGCUGCACAGCUUCUGUGAUGUCUACCUGGAGAGCGUGAAGCCGGUGUUGCAGGCAGGCUCCUCGGAGCAGGCAGACAGUGCCAGGCAGGUGCUUCUCCUAUGUGUGGGACAGGCCCUCUCCCUGCUGGCUCCCUUCAUGCCGUACCUCUCCGAGGAGCUGUGGCAAAGACUGCCGAGGCCAGCCGGACAGGAACCCAGCUACCACAGCAUCAGUGUGGCACCGUACCCAGCACCCAGCCAGCUGGCUCACUGGAACUCUCCUGAAGAAGAGGCCAACUUCCUGUUUGUCCAGGAAGUAGUUAGAGUGGUGAGGUCACUGCGGGCAGAGUACCAGCUGACCAAAGCACGGCCGGAGUUGUAUAUCCAGUGCAGUGAGCUGCGCUUCAGAGAAAUAUUAGAAUCCUUCUGCACUCCUGUUCAGGCUCUGUGUCGGUCGGAGGCGCUAUUCCUUUUAUCUACUCUAGAGGGCGCUCCCAGUGGCUGUGCAGUUGGCAUUGUCAAUGACUCCUGCCAGGUCUACCUGAAGAUACAGGGUCUGGUUGAUCUUCAGAAGGAGGUCGCUAAGCUGGGUGGGCGCAUGGAGAGGCUACAGGCCCAGCUGGACCAGGCUGUGGCCAGGACCUGGGUUCAACAGUAUGAGGAGAGAGUGCCUCAGCACGUCCAGGAGGAAAACACACGCAGGAUCUCUUCCACAAAGGCGGAGCUAGAGAGAACCCAGCAGAUGAUCGAGAACUUCAAGAGAAUGUUACCUGAGCGACACUGAGUGACACUGAAUCAAUAACAGUGUGUAGUACCACAUUCUACCACACGGUGGAUACACUGAGUCUGUAGAGGGGCGGCUGCUGUAGUACCAGACAGUACCAGGCUCUCCGAGAGACUGAGAGAGGGCUGUACCUCUUACACGCUGAAAUGCAAAACCAACCUGUACAAAACAUAUGUCAUUCCCACUGAGAAAGUAUUGGAUAGCCAAAUUUUAAGGAACAGGAUUUUAACACUUCUUUGCUUCCCUAAGUCCUGUUUUCAUAUAACGAUCAUGUUAAUGACUGAGAAAACGUCUCAUAUUCUGGAUGUUAGGUGUAAAAAUCAAUAAAAUCAAUACGAAAUGCAAGUGUGUUAUUAUACUUUCUCUGCCAAGCU